AUGUUACUGUUGAUAUUUGGAGGAAUCCCAUGGCAGGUCUACUUCCAACGUGUGCUGUCGUCACGAACAUCUUCGGGAGCUCAGUGGCUCUCAUUCGUUGCUGGUAUUGGUUGCCUUCUGAUGGCCGUGCCACCAGCACUUAUUGGAGCCAUAGCUCGAAAUACAGAUUGGCGUAUGACAGAGUAUUCACCAUGGAACAACGGCACCAAAGUUGAGGCAAUACCCGAAGACAAAAGAAACAUGGUCGUUCCACUCGUAUUCCAGUAUCUCACCCCUAAAUGGGUGGCAUUCAUAGGACUCGGAGCGGUAUCGGCGGCUGUGAUGUCUUCCGCUGACUCCUCAGUGCUGUCAGCAGCCUCCAUGUUUGCACACAACAUCUGGAAAUUGACCAUCAGACCUCACGCAUCAGAACGCGAAGUGAUUCUUGUGAUGCGUUUCGCCAUCAUCGCAGUUGGUGUGAUGGCUACCGUUAUGGCGUUAACAAUUCAGAGCAUCUACGGACUAUGGUGA